CCUAGCCUAGUGACGUGUAUCGCAGCUGACUUCGAUUCCAAAGCUUCGGCGCCCUCGCGGAACGCCAAUACGGGGAUAGAGAUCAAUAACUCUUUGGGGUGGUCAUUGAAGUUAUUCACGCAUCGAGCGCAUGCGUUUCGUAAUAAGAUCAAUAUCGCAUCCCUUCGCGUGUAUGGCUCCUCUCCCGUGUAUGUUUCAAAUAGCUAAACCGUGGUCAAAAUUUGGGUGUUUUCACUACAAGAGUAAAUAAAAUAUAAUACAUUGUUGCAAUGUCUUGUCUUGGAGAUUGUUUCGAUAUGGGCCCACCUCCAGAUACUAUUUUGUUUAUGCCUCCACCUCCUGCUCCGACAUUUUUGCUACCUGCUCUGGCUCCCAUCAAUAUCAGUCAUUGCUCUAUUACACAAAGGUGUGAUACGUCCUCGAGCUGGACAGGUGUCGGAAAAAUUCCAAUAGACAGAGAGUAUAUAGAGAUGCCGCGGAAAGAUGUUGAAACUAACUGGAGCGUAACCGGUAUAGACGAUACAUGGUUGUUAGUUUUAGUUGCGUCUUCGAUAGGCGUUUUACUGUUGGGAGCUCUGCUGGCAAUGUUCCUUUUGAAAUGUCGAGAAAUGAACUUGUUUGGCGGGUCGGAUCGUUGUACACUUCAUUCAAGAGAACAUCGAGAAAUAAUGAAACACACGGACACUCGAGACUGUUCGGUGUUAUCCAAUGGAAACAAAUUGGCCAUACCAUCGGACGCGGUACUAUACCAUGGGACACCUAAUCUUCAAGAUAACCGUCUGAUGUGGGCCGCGCUGACCCCAAGAGGAACGCAGCAUUUUAUUUCGGAGAAUUAUCCCAGAAAUCUGAUCAAAUACGAUGAGUCCGACGACCAUUACGAGACAAUCGAACCAUUGCGUGCGGAACCGGGACAUUCCGUCGCGACUACUCGAGGAUACGAUCAAUACGAAACAUACCAAAAAGAUUACGAUUACGAGGAUCCCACGCCGCUGAUUGAAAGUUACCAGAUGGGCAGCAUGGAUAAUCCGGAAAACCACCAUUAUCAGAUUAUCGGCAAUCCGGACAUGCGCUGUAUCGGAAUGAGUAUUGGCCCAAGCUUGAAAAGACCCGCAUCCAUAAGCCGACCCAGGGUUUCGUCUCCGACGAGAAUUGAGCACCCCAAUCUGCCACCAUUAAAUUUAUAUCCCCACAAAAUGAGCACUCUAAGGAGAAACACGAUGAGUUACAGAAGCGCUGACGGCACCAUUCCUAAAUACAGCAUAUAAGUGUCUGAACCUGUUGCUAUACAUGUUUAGUUAUCAUUUGUACGAUUAUUUAUUAGAUUUUAUUUCUUUGUUAUAAAUUUUCGAAAAUGUGUUCGUUUUGUUUGUUAUAUAGCUACUAGAGUAGAAUUUUCGACGUUUUUAUUGUAACGUGCAUUGCAUGGUCUCAAAAUAAUUAUUAAAAAAUGUAAUAGAA